GCCGUCUUCGGAGAUCUUUUGGCGAUGCUUCGCUCUCACCCGAGGACGUAGCAUAUAUAAGUUGCCCUUGCCCACCCUCGCCUCCUCGAUCACGCUACUGCCCUCCAUCUCCACGCCUCCCUUUUUCGCCUCUUCAUCCCACAGAUCCAUCUAUACCACUAUUCUCAGUUCUCACACUAGUUCGCCAUCCAUCGUCACCGUGAUCCUUGUAUUGCCACAUCGAACUUCUCUCAACCACCUUGAAUCAUUGUCAACAAAGAAGUUGGAGAAACCACCAAAGACACAUCUGCGCAAUGGACAGUACAUCACCAGAGCUCCCACCAUACGCCAUGCCCGUCGACUUCUCCUCAAUGGUUGGCACAACUCCAUACGACAUCAUCGCCGCGCAGUUCGCCUCACGCAUCAACUCCAACGAGAAUGGCUACUGCACUCCGACGUCACUAUGGUCUAGCCCUCAAAGCCCGACCUCCAGCAUCGAUCACAGCAAGGCAGACGACUCGCACGAUGACGCACACUCCCCCACCAGCGGAUCCGAAGAGUCUUCAAAGACCGCUCAGAAAGGAAGACGGGGUAACAGAUAUAAGAACUGCAGCGAGUCAGUGCUAUCAAAACGCCGCGCCCAGAACCGCGCCAACCAGCGCGCCUACCGAAAGCGCAAGGAGUCUCGCCUCGAGGAGCUCCAGGCCCAGAUCCAGGACAUGAGUCAGAAGAACGACGCGCUCUGCUGUGCUUACAGACUCUUGGCCAACGAGUGCUGCAGGCUCCGCGCGAGCCAGCAGAUGUCUGCUGCUGCUGCUGUUGCGGGGCAGGCUCCGGCGUGGGACUUGGUGAGCAACACCAACAGCAACAACGGGGCCGGGGGCUUGGCAUUGGAUAUGUCUGCGCUCAACGCAUACCGCAUCGUCCCUCCUCCCGCAUCGACUUCGAGUCCCGUCCCCGAGUCAUAUCUCGACUAUCCCGGCAGCCCCGAUAAGUUGUGGAGCCCCUAUUGAUCGCGAAUCCAGCGGAAGAGGGGAAUGGAUCGUCGGGGUCGGGAUUUGAGACCGGGUGUUGAGAGCCGGUGAUUACGGGGAUAACGACUUAUGGGAGCUCUAUUGUGUCUUUUUUUCUUUUCAUUCUCUUUUGACGAUCUUGAUAGGGCUUUCUAGAGUGGGGGUUAUUUCCCUGUUUCUAUGGAGGGUUUCUGGACCGGAUGAGCGACUCUUUGGGAUUUUUGCGAAUGGAGUCUGGUGUUUUUUUCUUGAGCCCAAUUUUUUUUUUUUCAAGAUAAUCAUUGUCGGACAUGAAAGUCUCGACAUGGCAGCCAUGCCCAACACCUCCGCCAAGUUCGUGUAUAUCACGAAGCUAUUCUGGUAGAUAAAUCAACAAAUCAAAAAAUUUUGAUCAACAU